GUGCAGGCGGACUUCGAAUUGGCUUUUGCCCUCACGACGCUGCAGCAAAGCGUGGCGCUCGAGCCCCUUUACGCGCCUCUGUACCCAACCAAGGCCAAGCGCGUUCCUGCGUAGCCCCUUGACCCAACCAACACCAUCCUCUGAGCACAUCCUCCCUCCCCCUCCGGCGUCUCGAUGGAUCAGUCCUACUGGUCCAUCUCGGACAUCUUGGCAGAUGCUACCAAGAUCCCUUGCCACUUCAAGAUCGAUGUACCCGGUGUAGCCCAUCUACGGGGCGACCCUUCGGUGCAGGCACAGCAGGAGCAGGCCUCGCAGUCCUCUUCCCUGAGCAAGUCGAGCGCCUCGUCAAGACAGCAAUACGAGGCAGAAGGGAUGAUCACAAAGGGUACACGCGUAGAGCUACCCUAUUGGCUCGCCGAAUGGCUCGUGUUGCAGGAUUGUGUGGAUGUGUCCUUGCCCAAGCCUUACUCACAACGGGUGCGCAAUGCGCUCAAUGCUGGUCCGAAGAGCGUGCAGCUUAGAGGCCAGGCCAAUUGGUGGUAUGCCAUGGGCUCCAGAUUGGGUGGACUCAUGGACUCGGAAAUGAUCAUGGAGCUACUAUCUAGCACAUAUUCCGCCCGUCUACCUACAAUUUACACUUCAGCUCAGCAUCUCGCCUCUGCUUCGCGCGGAGCAGGAGGCGCAGGCGGUGUUGACAUUGGCGACGGAUCUUCCCGAUCUGGGGGUGGAUCAUCCUCGGGUGGUAGCGGGGGAGGCAGUGGAGGUGGAAAGGCUGGCUUCGGAACCUCGGUGGGAAUGAGCGCAGAGAUGGUCGACUUUGUCAAUGGUCUCGAGGAGACGGAGAAGAUAGCUCUCAAAGCAGCCCUCGACUCGGCGGCAGCAAUGAGGAUAUACCUGGCUGGGAAGAACUGAGGUCGAUUGGGGGUAUCACGAUUCAUCCACAUGUUGUACCAUACUUCUCACUUUGCAAAGAACUUUCUCAUCACUCCAAAGUCAAAGGGAG